GAAUCAUUUAAAAAGUUCUGCUGACAUGCCUCACAUCUAUUCUUCAACUAAUAGGCUGGCACAGAUGUAUACAUUAUUUCUUACCUAGGAUGCAGUAGUAGAUAAAAAAUGUAGUAGUAGCAAAAGGACAUUUUCAAGAGGUUUGAAGUUCAAAUAUAUUAUUCUAUGUUCUCUAUGCUUCUGGAAAAUCCAUGCUCAACCUUUUUCUCCAUACAGAGGUUUAAUGAAACAGGGUUAACAAGCUUUGAUUUAACCAUGGAGAUAGUAAGUGAAAACUGUGCAUAUCUCAGUAAUAUGGAAGUUUUUCAACUUCUUGAUAAAGAAAAACUAGUUGAACACAAACAUUCUAACACUGCAACUGUUGCAUAUCAAACUCUCAAGUAUUUAGAGAAAACACCUUGCAAAGCGCAAAAUAAUGAUCAAGUAACAAAUUUUUUGAAUGCAAUACAGCAUUAUAAUUUUACAAAAGCUGAAAAACUUCAGUUAGUUAAUUUAAGACCAACUUCGAUAAUAGAAAUGCAGCUUAUUAUUGAGGAGCUGGAUGAACGUCUAAAAACUGAAGAAGAACUUGAAAAUCUUAUUCAUAUAAUAAACCGUUUUUUUCCAGAAUCUUACAAGAUGAGUCUAUCAGAUGAUUUAAUUGGCUGUAUACGAAAGUUCAUCUGUAAACUUGACGGCACUUCUGAUGAUCAUAACUACGUCCCAACCCUUCAUACGUUGUUUGGGACUGUGAGACCUGAUAAUGACCAAAAUAUUGUAAAUUUAGUUUGGUCCUUGUUAGAAGAUUUAAAAAACGUAUUAGAAUAUUCAGGUGUAUUUCCAAUGAAGAUUAAACAAUGGAUGGAUAAUGUACGACCGACUCGAGAUAAAGAUGUACAAACAGACCAUAUUCAUGAAAUGGUUGAUCAAAGAUUUGUUCAGGUUACUUGUGAAAAGGCUGAAGUAGACCGUCGUAUUGAAGCGUUUAUGAAACGCAAAAGAGCUGAAAGUGAUGCAUUCAAUCGACGUGAAUUUUGCCGCAUACACGAAGGUGAAGAUUCUGCUAGUUCCUGUGCACGCACUGACGCCAUAUUUGUUAACAGACAAAGUAAAAAAAGUUUAGUUAAAAUACAAAAAGUUACAAAUGACAUCCAACGAAAAGAAAAAUCCACAGUUGAAACCCAAAAUUUAAGUUCAUGGCAUCCUUCCCAUCCAUCAUCGACAUUGCCGUAUUACAAAUUGCCUCCAGAUCUUCGAGAACGCCUCGAUAAUCUUAACUAUGUUUUAACUUCGCGUCAAAUAAUAAAUGAUGAUUGCGAUAUUUAUGCUCGCAUUAAAGAACUUGAAGAAAAAGUUCUUUAUUUAGAAACACUUUCUCCUGAGUAUUUUAACCUUAACAAGCAAAUACCUAUAAAACCAAUAAGUCAUCUAAAAGAAAAUACUCUAAAGAGUGCAAUCAAAAAAGUGGAGCAGGUUGAUGAAAGUGAGAAUACAACUUUAAUAGAUCUGCGUAUUGAGGAGCUAAGAGAAAAGUUGCGCAAACAAGCAGAAGAAUUGCGCAAACAAGAUUCAAUUAAAAUAAUGUCUUUUAAGUUUAAUUUUGGAGAGUCAGAACAAGAAACAGCUAUGCCUAAAAUAACAACUAAUGGGAUGUUUCGAGAGUGCCGAGAGCAUUAUUAUAAGGAACAUUCACAAAGGUUUGAUGAUUUUAAAGAUUUAGUAGUUGGAGAUAUUCAAUUAUUCUAUUUGAAUCCUUUGAUUGCAUCAAAUCGAGUUGAAGAAAAAGAACUGAAAUCUCUUUUAGAAUCUUCUGAUUUAAAAGCAGGCACAUACGAAGGUGGUUUCAAGAUAUGGGAAUGCACUUUUGAUUUAAUAGAAUAUCUAAAGGAACAUGAAAAGUGUAUGCUUAAUAAAUCUGUGCUAGAUUUAGGUUGUGGUUCUGGUUUAUUAGGAAUUUUUGCUUUUUUUUCUGGGGCAAAAAAAAUCUGUUUACAAGAUUACAAUAGUGAAGUUAUCGAAGAGUUUACAUUUCCAUCCGUGCAGCAGUCUUUAGCUAAAUGUGGCGAUGAGGCUUUUUUACAAUUUGAAUUUUAUUCUGGAGAUUGGGAUAAUAUGUGUGUUUAUUUUUCAGAGCUAAAAAAAGAAAGGUUUGAUAUAAUUCUAUCUUCGGAAACUAUUUAUACAGUCGAGUAUUAUCCGAAGCUUUUGCGUGUUUUGGAAGAACAACUAACGCCCAAUGGUGUUGCAUAUUUUGCUGCUAAAACCCAUUAUUUUGGCGUUGGUGGAGGAACCCUCAACUUUAUUCAGUUUAUAAGAAACAAUUCUAAGUUUUUUGCAACUACGAUUACCACAAAUAAUGAUGGUGUCUGCAGAGAAAUCAUUAAAGUAUCAAGACUCUCAUAAAAAAAAAUUGUAAAAUAAUGAUGGCGUCUGCUGAGAAAUCCUUUAAAUAUCAAAAUUUUCAUUAAAAAACUGUUAAAAUAGGUCAUUCUUCAAAGUAAUUUGAAUGCUUGCAAGUUUGCAUAGACUUGAAAUAUUUUUUUUUAAUCUGCGGCAUCGAUGUUUCGAGGGUAAAGGAUAGGUAUGAAAGAUUUUAUUUAUCGGAUAUAGUUUUAACUUUUAAAUUAGUUCACUGAAAUACUUUUUGGCGCAACAGAGCAUUCUAAUUUGAAAUAAGCAAAAAAUAUUCUAAUUUGCUUCACUACUGAGAAUUUCUCCAAAAAGUUGGCUCGUUGUAUUACAUUUUUUAUUAAUAUUGUUACCAAAUAGUUUUUAGUCAUUAAAAGACAUCGUCAAGGUCGUUUGAAAUUUAA